AUGACCUUGGCAAUGUCCUUUGGGCAUUGCUGUCGUUGGACAACCGCUUGGCCUUCGGGCCUCUUGGCAAUCCUUACCUUUGGCCGCCUCUGCUGUGCUGAGCCGUGCAUUGGUUCGAGCUGUCCAGCCACAGCAGCUUCACUUUUGGCGGUGAAGGCGGAGGCACACCUGGCAUCCGUUGGCCACCUCGAGGAUCAACGUGAAUACCCAAUCAACAUGACAGUGAAUGGCAGCAACGGGACUGUGGACAAGCAGCUGGAGAUGAUCGUUGGCGAGAACGCUGAACAAGACAUGAAGGAGAUGAACAAUAUCCCAAAUCCAGAGAAUGCCAGCAGUAAUGGAACGCACGGAAUGGGCGAGCUCGCGCGCAACUUGGAGUUCUUGAUGCUGAAGGUCGUCCAGCUCGAGACAGUGGUAGAGAUGCAACAGCAUGAGAUCCAGGACCUCCACACUGUUCUGAAAGAUCACUUGGACCUGGAUCACGAUGACACUGCGGCGUCUCUGAAGCAGGUACAUCCCGAGACCCGCAAAAAGAAGGCCCAGGAGACGCUGAAGCGGGUGAUGCAGAAGCACAACCACCAGCGUGAGAAGCGGGACUUCAAUCCGGCAGUGCACCAGAAGCAGAGCCAGCGGACUUUGCUCUCAAAGCGUGACAGGGAGGACGAGACUGAAACCCGUGACACCCUCAGCCUCCUUGAGGCUGAGGAUGAGGAGGACAUCGAGUCACGAUCUUCCCGCCGGCGCGGCUGGCGUCGAAGGCGCCGCCGCCUCUUCAAGGCCGUGGCGAACGUUGCCAGCAGCGCCGGGAAUGCUGUCAGCGAUGCCGGGAAUGCGGUCGCAAACACAGCAGUGGAUGCCGCGGCAGCUGCCAACGAUGGCACUGGCUUAGUCGGAGACGCACUGGGCGACGCGUACAAUGCUGCAAGCGACCAGGUGAGCUUCGUGGCCAACACGGUCAUUGACUCUGUGGAGAUGGCCGUUGACAUCUUGGUGAAUGGCUUCUCCGACUGGAAUGCUGGUUGCCCAGACACCCGAACCCCAGACAUGAGCAUUGAUGGAAACGGAAUCCAUGUCGAUUGGGGUCGCCAGAAAUGCUGGGUCCGACUUAUGGGACAGACCUGCAAUCUCUUCGAUUUCAACUUCGGCUCUGUAAAUCUCGAUUGGCCCGAGCCUUUGAAGACGGUCACCUCCUUUGGUAUCACGCCGAUCCGGGCCAUGUUCAACUUGGGUAAAGACCUGGUCGACUGUGCGACGUCCGGUUCCGCCCUCGAGAUCAUCAAGUGCCUGGGCAUGCAGCUGAUAGAGCUGGUUCCGCCGCUGAGCUUCCUGAACAGGAUGAGCGACAUGCUCACGGAGUUCAUCGAGGUCUUCGCCCAGGUGGCCGCGGUCGUUGUCAGGCAGGUGCUGGAUGACGGCUCUUCCCUGAUUCAGAAGGCUACCGAGUCCAAGUUCCCGGGAGUCGGUCAAGCCCCCGUGCUUCACCAUGCAGGGAAGAGCCUCACCAUCAAGACGCACUCCCAGCAUCCCAAAGAUCACAAACACGCUCCAAAGUCCACGCUUCCGCGGGAGAUGUCGGAGAUGUCGGCGGCGCAGCAGGAUGCAAAGGAAUCACAGGAUGCUUCCUUGCGCGGAGACGACGACCCCGAACCCCAAGGCAGCAUCGCCCUCGGCAUCUCAGACCAGGAAGGCAACUAUGCCACACGGCUCAUCACCCAGUGGAAUGGCAGGGAGACAGACACCAGCUCCUGCUUGGCCUUUGCGCCCAAGAACAUGCGUGGGAGCAAUAACCAAGCAUGGAAGGCUGAUUGGCAGGGCAGCAGUGACGAUGCCUUCAUCCCUCUGGAACCCUAUGGUGUGCCGUGCGACAACGACUGGAUGAAGGAUAAUUGGGACAAGUGGCAGGGCUACGCCUUCUACGUCUGGGAGCAGGCCAUCGAGAAGUGCGUGACUGUGACUUAUUCACUUGGCAUGCAGCCCGUGCUCGCUUUCGUGGGUGGCUUGAACUUUGAGCUGAUGCCUGCACCUUUGGCCGAGAUCGACACGACAGUCUGCUGGCCGGACAAGCAGCCUGGUGGCCUGGACCUCAGCGUCCUCCGCUCCGAGAUACGGAGCGGCGGCGUGAUGCUCUUCAGCCGGACCCUCCGCCUACAGAAGCGCUUCGGAAGCCAAACGGACUUCGUGGACAGCAACAUCUUCGGGGCCCACGAGACGUGGCGGAAUCCACUUGGCACUGCUGUGGGCAGUCACUCUGGCGAAGAUGAUCGCACUGUGGAAACCAUGUCCAGGUCCUCUCUCCUUGCCACCAACCAAACGGGCUCAACGUCCCGAAGCCCAAAGGCCACGGAGAAGCGACGGAAAAGCCCUGAGGCAGGAAAGGCGGGAGAGGCUCCGCAGCACUGGGACUUUGAGGACGACUAUGAGGACCUUUACUUGGCGGCCAUCGAGUACGGGAAGCACUUGGGAAUCAACAAGACAUCCGAGGUUCGCGGACAGGAGGUCCUAAAGCGCAUGAAGGCCAUGAAGGCCAACAAAGGCAUGAGUACCAUGAGCACUCUCCAGUCAGAAGCUGAAUCGGGCAAAUCGGGCACCGAUUAUCACCAGCUCUUUAGCUUCAAGAAUCCCGGGAUGGUCUCUUUCGAAAUACUGGGUCUUCUGGAGGACAACAGCCUGGAGCUUGGGAUGAAGAUCAACUUCGGACCUUUUGAGUCACCUGAGAAGCGGAUCCCCUUGUUGAAUAUUGUGGACCAGUUCACCUUGGUCUUGGGAGCCAUGCCCUGGGUGUCCCCCAGCACCAAGCUGAAAGCCAUCGCUUCUUUGAGAGACUUCGGGAAGCAGGACAUCAGUGCCGUUGUCCCUGAGGUGCCACCACCAGAGAUCAGCCCGGGAUCGAUCAUCGCCCUCUACAACCGUCACCACAAUCGCUGGCUGAAAAUGAACGGGGACGACGUGGGUCGUUCCCCAACAAAGGACUUCGAGUCCUUCCCCUCGGACUGGAAAUCAGAGAAGUUUGCGGUGGUGGAUGCCGGGGGUGGCCUGAUUGGUCUCCACAGCCCGAAGUUCAACCGGUUCUUGUCGAUGAGACCUGACGGUGAUGUCUAUGGAAGCCCGCAUGCUGUUGCCAGCAACCUCCCCGACAAUUGGAGUUGGCAGAAGUUCAAGGUGGUCUACGCGGGCGGCGGCCAGAUCGCCCUACAUUGCCCGCAGCACAACCGGUUUGUGUUAAUGACAGACGGCGGCGUGGAGGGCACUGACGAAAGAGCUGGGGACACUGUGCCAGAAAGUUGGGUAGGGGAACGGUUCCAGGUGAAGCGAACGACGUGGCUCUUGAAGCCAGGAACCGUGGUGGGUUUCCACAAUGCCCUGUUCAACAAGUAUAUCAGCAUGCACCCAGAUGGGCACCUGUACCCAAGCCCUGACAGGGAUUUCGACCUUGAGUUGCCAAGUUCAUGGACAUAUCAGAGGUUCACGGUGGUGGAUGCUGGGAACGGACAGGUGGCCUUUCACAAUGCAAGGCACAACAGGUUCGUGAAAAUGACCGACACCGCACCUCUGAUGUCAAGCCCUGACAAGGCAGCUCAUGAGUUGCCUGACAAUUGGGACUCGGAGCGUUUCGCCCUCGUUGAUGCCGGGGGUGGCCAGAUUGGUUUCUACAACCCCAAGCUCAACCGCAUGAUCUCUUUGAGUUCCGCGGAAACCUACCCCUCUCCUCACAAGGCGCCCCAGGACUACACGAGUGACUGGACGCACCAGAAGUUCCAGGUCAAGCUCUAUGCUGAUGCGAGCUCCGAGUCGAACGACCUGGCCUGGUCCUUCUCCGCAUGA